CGCGUGGCUUAGCGGUGCCUGCCUUAUUCGCAGCUAUAACGCGGGGCAAAUGAAGCUUUAGUUUAUCUCUUAGAUAAGGUAAGGUACAAUACCUAAAUCUUACGUAGACCUGUGCUUCUUCCAUUUAUAUCUCCAAUAGCUCGAUAAAUAAAUCGGAAAUCUUGAGUGAACACUUUUACUACCUAACUUAUUCACUCCUUAUUACUUACUACUCGACGGUUGCGAACACCCUUCUGGACACCUUCUCAUAUCCGCUCGACGAAUCACACAGCCUAUCCCGCAUACUGUUCGCCCACCAUGGCUAGCAAUCCCUACGAAGUCGAGCAUAACAUUAAGGCUUCGGACCGCCGGCCCCAUCGGCGGCGCCCGGACAUGUCGAGCUUCACCUCGCAUUUACAUCAGAUAUCUCCAGACUCGGCAACAAAUAAUGCACGAAGCCAACGGGAGCAAACGGGACCUACGCCCGUGGACGCGGCAGCGCUAUUCCACCUCUUGCGGGACCAAUUUCAGACGCUAUCUACGGACGCCCCGACCGAAGAGAACCGAGACUUUCUUGGGUCCCUGAUGUCGGCAUUGGAGGACGACAUUAGGGCGCCACCAGACAAGAUCCCCGGCGUGAGCCAAGAGUACCUCGACACGUUGGACCGGGUGCCGCGGAAGAGCCUCAAGAAAGACGACAGCUGCCCCAUCUGCGCCGAGCUCUUCGUCGAUGACCCUUACCCCCUGGUGGUUGAGCUGCCGUGCCAUGGGAGUCAUAAGUUCGAUCUGGAGUGUGUUGGGCCGUGGCUGCAGAGCAAGGGCACGUGCCCGAUGUGUAGAGCAGACUUGAAUAAGAAGAAGGUUAUCGAAAUCCCGAAGGAUGACGAGGAAGAAGAAGACGACGUUGAUGGGUUGUACGGCUAAGCAUUGCGGGCGAGAGUUCUACAGAGAGGUAAAUAGAUAUGUAGUUUGUGAUGAUAGGUACCCCCCGGAAAUUCGAUCACAAGCUCUCUGCGAGUAACGUCAAGGUAUGGUAAGUAUUGUGAAGUUUAUGUGAUUGCAUA